UAUUUAUGUGUUUAUUUUCCUAAUUGCUCUCUCUCUCUCUCUCUCUCAGUUUCCACUUGGUGAAUUUCAUCUCGCAGUUUCUGUUAUAUGUCUGGGUUUGGUGGAUUCGUGGGAUGUUCCCGGUUGUUGCUUCUGAGAUUACCUGAGUUCGUCUUCAAGGAUUAAUGAAGCUGGACAAUUACCUAGCAAGGAGCAGGAGACGCUCCCACGAUCUUUUGGACUUGAUCCUGACCGGCCUUAUUAAAGGCUUCUAUCCUCGAAACGUGAUAAGAUAUUCUAGAAAAUAACCGCUUCUUUUGAAAGAUCAGUUCCCUGACAUAAAAUGGAUAGGUCAGACACGUCAGGCUUUGUAAGUGGUGGAGCUACCUUGAUGAGGGUUCCUUGCGCAUUUUAUUUAUUAGGAUGGAAUACUGCCUCUGUUGAAGUCCAGUAAUGAUUUUUCUUCUUGGGCCCUUCUGUUUGUUAUAGAUAUAGCUUAAGAUGACUGCCAUGGAUCUUAACAAGAAGGGUGGUCUAUUUUCACAUGAACUUUCUAAACCCGAUCAUUUUGGGGACACCACUCUACGGCUGAAUUGCCUUGGUUAUGGAGGAAGCAAGUUGCCAAGAGGAGGAAAAAAUGCCAGCAAUCGGGAGAUCAACUUUACCAUGUCCUCGGAAGAUGGAUGUCAGUUGAUGCUUGGAUUGGGCCCCACGCCAAGCGCCUAUUGUGAUGGCUACUGUAAAGCUAGUAAGGGCAAAGGAUUAGCCGCUUUGCAAUCACAAACUUUAGCUUCCGAUUGCAAUUCUACCUUAAAGCUUGGACUUUCUGAAGGCCAAAGCAUGCUGGAGGGUUCAGUUUCUGGGGAAAAUAAUGUUAGUGCUACCGUUGCUGGCCAAGUGUCUGCCGAGGGUUGUAGAUUACUUAUUCCUGUAGUUGAUGAGGGGUCUACAUCAGCAAAGAAGUCUGGUGGUUACAUGCCAUCUCUUCUUUUGGCUCCUAGGAUGGAUAGUGUGACAUCCUUUCAGACACAGGAACUGCUGGAGCUUGGGACCAAAUCUCAUUGUCAACAGUCACAAGUGAGCUGUGAGCUGUCAGCUACAACAGAAAUGUCAAUUGGCACUGUUUCCGAGCAAACUACUGCGACCGCAUCGUCAGACCAAAGGACGAGCAAUCCCAAGAAAUGCAAGUUCCAUGGUUGCUCGAAGGGAGCACGGGGAGCAUCAGGCCUUUGUAUUGGUCAUGGGGGUGGUCAGAGAUGCCAAAAACCUGGGUGCAACAAAGGUGCAGAGAGCCGGACGGCAUAUUGUAAGGCUCAUGGUGGGGGUAGGAGGUGUCAGCAUCUGGGGUGCACCAAAAGCGCCGAGGGAAAGACUGAUUAUUGCAUAGCCCAUGGCGGAGGCAGACGGUGUGGUCACCCCGGAGGGUGCGCCAAAGCCGCACGAGGCAAGUCAGGGCUCUGCAUAAGACAUGGCGGUGGAAAGAGAUGUAAGAUGGAGGGUUGCACCCGCAGUGCUGAAGGCCAGGCUGGACUGUGCAUAUCUCAUGGUGGUGGUCGAAGGUGCCAGUACCUGGCAUGCAUGAAGGGGGCCCAAGGUAGCACCAUGUACUGUAAGGCUCACGGUGGUGGGAAGAGGUGCAUCUUUGCUGGGUGCACAAAAGGUGCCGAAGGGAGCACGCCCCUGUGCAAGGGGCAUGGUGGAGGGAAGCGUUGCCUUUUCGAUGGUGGGGGGAUUUGCCCAAAAAGUGUACAUGGAGGCACAAACUUUUGUGUUGCCCAUGGUGGUGGGAAGAGGUGUGCUAUCCCGGGCUGCACAAAGAGUGCGCGUGGUCGGACCGACUGCUGUGUGAAGCAUGGGGGAGGGAAGCGGUGCAAAUUUGAAAAUUGCGAGAAGAGUGCCCAGGGUAGUACUGAUUUUUGUAAGGCGCACGGUGGGGGUAAGCGGUGCACGUGGCCGGAAGGUAAGUGUGAGAAAUUCGCAAGGGGUAAGAGUGGUCUGUGCGCUGCACACAGCAGCAUGGCCCAGGAGCGGGAGAACAACCGAGGUGGCCUUAUCGGGCCCGGGCUCUUCCAUGGGCUCGUGUCUGCUGCUUUGACUGCCAGGAGCAGCUUGGAUAACACUCUCUCAUCCUCAGGAAUCGGAGAUUCUGUCGAUUCGCUGGAGAGGCCAGCGAGAAGGCAACAUCUCAUACCACCUCAGGUUCUGGUUCCUCUGUCAAUGAAGUCCUCAUCAUCCUUUUCACCUUUCGUGAGUGCUGAGAAGCCAGAGGAACGAACGAGUGGUUAUGGCGCCCAUUUGGAUGUAGGCAGCAGCAGUGGGACCAGAAAGAGCUUGGAUGCCAUGAUACCAGAAGGUAGGGUUCAUGGUGGCGGACUCAUGUCCCUGCUCGGGGGUAAUCUGAAGAACGCAAUUGAUGGAAUGUGAGGAUCGAAUUGGCUGUUCAUCAUUGUAGCAUUUCCAUGGGGUUAAUUAGGUGUCUCGAAUCAUUGAAUUUGUGUACAGUGUUGUCCCACGGGGUCUGGUGACUUCUCAUACAGUUUGUAAGGCAAUAGGUUUCUGUGUUGUGGCUUUGUUGUUGAAACCUGUUUCAAUGUGAUGCUUUUUGGGUAAAAUUGUUCCCAACAAAGCCAAGCUGGGAAUACCAAUAAGAACAAUUGGCUGCAUUUAUGGGGAAUCUGUUGUAUGAGAAAACUUUCAUCUUU